UUUAUUAUAUGUUUAAGUAUUAUGCUAAUGUAUAAAUUUAAAGUAAAUUGCAAAAAAGAAUUAAGAAUUUAUGUAUUAAAUGCAUUUUUAUUGUUUUGCUGUGAUUUAUUUUCAUAAAUUAAAGAUAUAAAUUUUUUUCAAAUUAAUUCAUGGGAAGAGUUAGAAAUAAGACAGUUAAGAAGGCAGCUAAAGUCCUCAUUGAAAAAUACUACAUGAAACUCACUUCAGAUUUUCAUUUCAAUAAAAAGAUCCUCUCAGAAGUUGGAUAAGUACCAUCAAAAAAAUUGAGAAAUAAAAUUGCUGGAUUCGCAACACAUCUUUUGAAGAGAAUCUAAACUGGAUCAGUUAAGGGUAUCUCACUCAAAAUUUAAGAAGAAGAAAGAGAGAGAAGAUUGGACUAUGUCCCUGAAAAAUCAUCUGUCGACAUUGACAAUCUUAGAGGAGAUCAAGAUGUUAAAAGAAUGCUUGAAAAAGCUGGUUUGGAAAUUGACAUUCCCAUUGAUGAGCCUGUUGUCGAAGAAAAAUAAUAAAAAUAAGCAAGAAGAGGAUAAAGAAGAUAAUAAUAAUGAUUCUGACAGUACAUUUAUUAAAGUAAAAAGCAUAAAAAAUACAUCUAAUAUUUAUUAUU